GCUGACUCUGUCCUCUGGUCGCCGUCGGACCUUACUUGUUGCAAGACCUAUUAGUCCGUACGACGUGCAUGCCAAAAUGGACCUUACUGAUUCCGAAUCUGAGAAAAUUGUCGUGUACUUCACAAACUCUCACUGAAUCCUACCCACUACAGUAAAAAAAUUCAAUAAAAUCAGACGACAUGAAUUUCACCAAAUCGGCAUUCGUUUUGUCCUGUCUGAUGGUCCUUGCCUAUUCUAGUCCUGUGAACAAUCACUCUUCACGAGAAUCACUGAAUGGAACAGAGGGCGCACCAAAAAAUGUGCAACAUGUCAAUACUGGAAACAAAACCGUGGUGACUGAAUUUAGUGAACAACAUUUGGAAACUUGCCCGGGACCCAUGCAAGAAUUUGUUUCACCGGUUCGUGGUAGUCCUCGCUGCUGUCGAAUGUGUGGGCCCGGCACAGGAAUGCUGCGGCUUUGUACGGACACCGAUGAUACACAAUGUAUAGGAUGCGAACCAGGCGUUGAGUUUUCACCAACUACCAGUGCAACUCUCAAAUGCCAGCAGUGCCGAAGAUGUCAAGAUAUCCAUCCAUUGGCUACCACGCGGAUUGUUUGCACACCAACCACAGACACAGAAUGUGGUUGCAUGAAAGGCUACUAUAUGUCGGUAAACAACCAGACCUGCAAGGCGUGUACGGUCUGCAAACCAAACGAAGGUGUCAUCAAGUCAUGUGAAUGGAACGCCGACACUCAGUGCCAAGCGUGUCCGGCUGGAUUUUGGUCCGCUAGCGUGGGUGAUACGGUCAAAUGCAUCCCGUGCAAAACCUGUUCGGAAAAUGAGGUCGUGGUCCGGACUUGUCGGGAAAACGAAGACGCCUUGUGCUGUCCGAAGACAAAUGUCAACUGUACACUGAGUCCAAUCUUCGGAUUUGCUCCUCCUAGGAUUGAAAACGAAACGAAAACGGUCAACCUAACAACACUGACACCACUUGAAACUCAGCAACCUGCGGAUGACAUCUGGAUGGAUGGUUGGCCAAAAAAACUAACGAUAAACGGAAGCUCUUUCUAUCCACCAGUUCAAACAGCUUUUCAUAUAGAUUACACCCGAUACGAACAGAACGGUGAGGCAUCUGAUACGAGCAGCAAGCAAAACCAGAUGCUACCCAUCUACUGCUCCAUCAUGGGGUUUAUCAUAGUCUUUCUGCUCUUGUACGUGGUCUACAAGUUGUGGAAACAAAGAGAGGCCAUGACGAACGCCAAACUCUGUGAAGUCUACACAUCAAGUGGCUAUAGUACGGUCAAGCUACCGGUGAAUUCGACUCAGAUGGACUCCGUGUUAAACGGUCCCUGUGGUGGUGACGGUGGCGGCGCCGCCGAUCACGUGAAAUCGGAACACAUCAGUCGACUAACUACUAAGCAUCUGUGUGGCACAAAUCGGCAACAGGAACGGGAUCCGUUGAUAGCCAAUUUCGAAACAGGCGCCAGUGAAUUGAGUUAUCUGGAGAUUCAGUUGGGCACACUCCAACGUGAUGUCCUCGGAAUGAUCUGCUUCCAACUGUCGCGGAGCGGAUGGCGCGAAAUGGCCACAAAUAUGGACAUCCCUAUCACUUCUCUCCUCGGACCGAGUGCAAAUGACUCUGAGUUUGCUACGCAGUUGGCGCAGGCGGCUCAGGAAGCAAAACAUCUCAUCCUAAAAGAGUCUACUACUCAAAAUUCCCCUGACGAGGAUACAGUAAAGGCCAGCGCUCGGCUGCUAGCCAAAUUGUGUCAGCAGCCGACGGCAAACGUCAGAGUACUGCUCACAGAACUCGAACGUAUUAAUAGAAGUGAUAUAAUCGCAUUUAUUUCAGACCAACUGACAAAAGUCACACCCUCACCGGCAAUUCCAAUCUCCUCCUGGUCAGCGUCAAAGGAUCCACGUGUAUAAGGUCAUCCGGGAACAACGUCCCAUCUUUCUCCGUACUGUACAUACAUGCGUCCGUCAUUGGUACAAAUGGACCAUUCUACAAUUCACCAGUACUGUGAAUAUUUUCGGUUUCUUUUCAAUGACAGGCCAAAAGGUCUCCAUAGAAAUUAUCUACAUGUAUAAUUUAUAAGAAAACUGCGGCGUUAUCCCUUGUCUGCAUCACACAACGUUUGAACCCUGAAAGGCAAAAGCAACUUACUCUGCGUUCUCAACUCAGCCACUAACAAUCCACCUGGAUCGCCCAUUCAAAACAGACAAGAGCAGUCACCGGUGAUUUUUUGCUCAGAGCGACUAAGUGCGAAAUCAGUAAUAGAGACCCUUGUUCUUGCUGUUUUUUUGGAAGGGUAUACAUUUCAGGUUCAUUACCUGAAUCUUUCUUUUGUGCGCUCACUGAACUUUCUCAAGAAGAAAAGAUGGGACACCUGUACAUUACUUCCAUACUGAUUUUGAGCAGUUUCUAACUCCUAACUUAGGUCACACAAAAGUUGCUUUGUGCAUCCAAAAUGAAACAUUUUAGCCACUUGUGUCACCCUCUCAGUUAUGGUUUCAUCCAUACAUCUUUUUCCGAGU